CACACUCACACCUCCCCUUGUACUGUCUUCCCAAAUACUGUGAUGGUGGGAGGGGGCGGUUCCUCAGAGAAAAGAAAGCAUAUGUGUCAAUAUGCGUACCUCUGGCCUCUGCGCUCAAUUCUGCCUCAACUCUCAGCCUUUUGUUGUAACCUUGCGACGAGCACACAUUGACCACAACAAAACACCCAUGCAGACGGCAGAGGAGAUACCCACUCAAACGUAUCCAGUUGUGUCGCUCGCGGCCUGGGGGUCUCCCCUCCGUGGCACUCUAUGUCCACUCUAUUUCCACUCUUCUCAUUCUCUCCACGCCCUUCCACGCUCCCGCCUCCUCUUCUUCUUCUUUGACAAAACAAAUGUCUGAUGUUAGAUGAGCUACAUUCACAGACUAACUUUGUCAAUAGAGAGUAUGCCAGCUGAAGCAGAGUGUGUUUACUGUUUGUUUGUUUUUUUGUGUUAGAAUGUUUUUUGGUUUGCAUGACUGCGGCUUUGCGUGUCCACUACCUCUGCUGGCUAGGAUACGACUGUCUGAGCUCCUUAAUGUCUGCCAUUAUCCAUAUUACAGCUGAGGCUUCUUUUCAUUUCAAAGUUUUCUUCAGAACAAACUCCAACAAUCCCAGCUGCACUACUGGUUUUGGGUAACACCUUCCUGUCUAGUUCCAUUAUGGGAAACCAAUAUUUUUUUAGUAUGCUCAUAUUGCACUGUUAAUACAUUUCGCUUCCUUGAUUUUGUAUUGGGUUUUCUAUUUUUAUUCAUGUAAAACAAAUUGCAGCCAAAUUACAUAAGAGAAAGACCAUUGGACAUAGCUGCAUCCGGCCCAUAAAAUUGUAGGAGUAGGAUGGGUGUUUCAAACAAACCUGUGCACCCAUUAUGUCCGAAAGCACCGUUGUGACGCUAGAAUUGUAGAGCUGUGGGUGUGUGUUUGGUCCACAUCUUCAAGUACUCAUAAGAGGUGUGUGUGUGUGUGUGUGUGUGUGUGUGUGUGUGUGUGUGUGUGUGUGUGUGUGUGUGUGUGUGUGUGUGUGUGUGUGUGUGCGUGCGCGUGCGCGCUUGGGCUUGUUUCUGGGACGCGUUGUAAUGGCAUCGAAAAUGAGUGGGUAGAUCUCUCUCUAUCUUCUCUCUCUCUCUCGCUCUCUCUUUAUCUCUCUCUCUCCAUCUCUCUUUCUCCAUCCCUUUACCAGUCCCUGUUGAAAGACUUCCUACGUUGCAACCUCCCGCCCUUGGUGAAACACAUGCUGCUGUGUGUUAUUUCAAGGGGGUUGAGGAAGCUAAAUUGCAAUGAUAUCAGUGCCGAUACAGGGUCUCUCUCUCUGUACAUGAAGCACUAACCCCUCACUGCGUUGUUGUUAUGUUGUUGUUGUUCGGUUGCCAUGGCGCUGGGCGGUGUCCAGGUCAGAGCCGAGGAUUCGCCUUCGUCGAGUUUAAUCUCAUACAGGAGGCCAGCCGCUGGAUGGAGACCAAUCAGAGGGUGCUGUUGAUUCUUGGACAGAGGGUGGCUAUGCACUACAGUGACCCAAAACCACGGGCCAAUGAGGACUGGCUCUGCAACAAGUGUGGUGUGCAGAACUUCAAGAGGAGAGAGAAGUGCUUCAAAUGCAGCGUGCCCAAAUCUGAGGCAGAGCUAAAGCUGCCCCUGCUGCAGAGGGAUCUGACCUUGGGACUCAAAGAGGGGUCCCAGGGCCUGCUGCCCCUGCCGGCACCCUACCAUUCCACCGGUCCUGCCGUGAGCACCACGCACACCCCGCAGCAGCACGCCGACGUAGCCAACGACACUCUCAUCUUGAGGAAUUUGGGCCCGCACACGUCGGUGGAGGCCAUCCUGUCGGCACUGGCCCCCUUCGCCACCCUCUCGCCCUCCAACGUACGCCUCAUCAAAGACAAGCACACCCACCUCAACCGCGGCUUCGCCUUCCUGCAGCUCUCCACCAUAGUCGAGGCGUCUCAGCUCCUCCAGAUCUUGCAGGCGCUCCAGCCGGCACUCGCCAUCGAUGGGAAAGCCAUCUCUGUGGAGUUUGCCAAGGGCUCCAAACGGGACGUGUUUCUGACUGACGGCAGCAGAGUGAGUGCUGCUACGGUGGCCAGCACUGCCAUAGCUGCGGCCCAAUGGGCUGUCACCCAGACUGCUCAGAAUGGAUCGGGUGGAGGCCAGGGUGUUGAUUCAGCAUUGUACCAGCAGGGGGCAGCAGUGGCUUACAACCUGGAUGGACAGGACUAUGGCGAUGGCACUGUGACCCCAGGGCCGGCCUUGGUAACGGCUGGAGCCGGUUUGAUGGGGGCCUAUACCAGAGGAGCAGCACCAGUGAUGUCUGCAGUGAUCUCUUGUGAUGCUAUGCCGUCGACCCGGGAGACAAUGCAGAAGCCUCUUGUUCAUACCCAGCCUCCCCUCCUCUCCAUGGCAGACAAAGCUCAGGCCAGCAAGGCCUCGGUUGCUCAGCAGGUGGAGAUCGUGGGAAAGCCCCAGCCAGCAACCCCCGGCCCCCCUGCCACCCCCGGCACUGAGCAUGAGCUCCCCCAAUACCCCGUGCCGGAUGUGUCUACGUACCAGUAUGACGAGAGCUCAGGCUACUACUACGACCCGCUGACCGGCCUCUACUACGACCCUAACUCCCAGUACUACUACAACUCCCACAGCCAGCAGUAUAUGUACUGGGACGGAGAGAAACACACGUACGUGCCCGCGCAUACGGACGGCGAGGAGACCGCUGCACCAGGCGACAGCUCUGGGCCCUCUGACUCGCUCACUCCCCCUGGAGGCAAGGAGAGGAAGGACAAGCCUAAGAACAAAACCGCUCAACAGAUCGCCAAAGACAUGGAGCGCUGGGCCAAGAGCCUGAACCGACAGAAGGAGAACGUUCGCUCUGUGUCCUCCGCAUCUCCAACGGUCAGCUCCGCCGCGCUGGCCGCCACCUUCCCCCGCCCCCCCGGCCACGCCCGCCUGGACGAACGCAGAGAGGCCGCGAGCGCUGACGCCGGCUACGCGGUUCUUGAGAAAAAGGGGGCACUGUCUGAAAGGCCUCAAAUAUUCCUUGACCAGAUCACCAGACACACUGCAGAGCUUUCCCCCCCACCUCUGCAGGGUCUGGUCCCAGCCUACAGUGGGGAGACGGACAGCGAUGAAGAGGGGGGAGAGAAAGAGGAGAAGGACGGCAGGAUGACGGACUGGUCCAAGCUGGCCUGUCUCUUGUGCCGGAGGCAGUUCCCCAGUAAGGAGGCCCUCAUCAGGCAUCAGCAGCUCUCUGAGCUCCACAAGCAAAACCUGGAAAAGAGAAAGACUCAACAGGAUGCUGCAGGGAAAGAGCGGCAGAGAAUCGCAGAUAGACCUGAGCCUCCGGACGCAAAGAGGAGGAAGUUCAGUCCUGUUGACGGGGUCACAGGCACCAGUCUGGGAGCUAGGAUGCUGCAGGGGGGCUUGAAGAAGGGGCUUCUCCUGCGCAACAUGCAGACGGAGUGAGCCGUCGCCUCCGACGCCACUACCUCAGGAACUGGGACAAAGCCCUGUGCACAACCCUCCGAGUGGACCCGUUGUAUCACAGACGGACCACCAGGAGAUCACAAAAAGAAAAUGGAAUCCCAGAUGAAUUGUGGGUUUUGUAGGGAGUUUCUUCCACUCCAAAGGCUGUGGCACACCAAAGCUUAAGAGGAGGCUGAACUUUUUUGAGCCCUUUUCUCCACAAUGGAGGAUUAUUUAAUUCCGCGUAGACUCGCCGUCUAGGCCAUUUAAAUUGAUCAGUUUAUAAAAAAAAUAAAACGUGUCAAAAUGGAGGCCAAGCGUAGGCGUGAGCCGCAAUACUCUUCAGCACCACCUGCAGUGAGGGAGGGAUCAUUGGCUAACUUGGGAGUGGAUUAAAAGCAGGUGUUCUCACCUCAAAGCUUGCACUCUGCCCUUGAGCUUUGGUGUGAAGCAGCCUUAAAACUGUUGUGAAAUGAUCAGUUGAUCUAAGCUGACGGGAGUAAUGGCACAGAAUGCACCUUUUUACUUCUUAAAUUAUGCUCUUUUAAUCUCUCAUAGGAUUAACUUUAGAUACUUACUGUAAAAUAUCAUACUUCUUAUUUCUAUGCACAAUAGAUUUGUUCCGAGUAGAUAAUUAUAUGCAUUUUAAUUGACAUGACAAAUGGGAAAUCAACACUUUUGCACCCCAGCACUCGUGACACAUUUGAAUAGGACAUGACCACACAAUAGUGUGGAUUUAGAGACGUGUAAAUAUAAUAUUGUAAUAUUUGUGAAUGCACAGUGUAUAUUUCUUUCUGAAAUAAGAUAUUUUUUAUUUGAGAUUUGUGGACACAAAUGUUGUCAAGAUCCUAUGUAAAGAAGAGUAAUAACAUUUUCCACUUUACAGCUUGAUUGCAGGAGGAAAGUAAAAAAAAUAUGAAUUCC